CCUUUGGCUAAGCGUAGUGUUUCAGCAGACACAUUUUCGAGACGGACCUACCGGCAGUGGCUGUACUGAUCAUUUUGGAAACCAAACCAGCGAGUGAGCUGAGCAGAAAUGCCUAAAAAGAAAACUGGUGCUCGGAAAAAGGCUGAGAGCCGUAAAGAGCGAGAGAAACAGAUCCGAGCCAACAGGGAGCAUGUUGAUGUGGCCAAACACCCCUGCAACUCCAACAUGGAAUGUGACAAAUGCCAGAGAAAGCAGAAGAACAGAGCUUUCUGCUAUUUCUGUAACUCAGUACAGAAGCUGCCAGUCUGCGCUCAGUGUGGUAAAACCAAGUGCAUGAAGUCAUCAGAUUGUGUCAUCAAGCAUCCGGGGGUCCACAGCACUGGAAUGGCCAUGGUGGGGGCGGUGUGUGACUUCUGUGAAGCCUGGGUGUGCCACGGUAGGAAAUGUCUGAGCACUCAUGCCUGCGCUUGUCCCCUGACUGAUGCCGACUGUAUCGAAUGCGAUCGCGGCGUCUGGGAUCACGGAGGACGAAUCUUCCGCUGUUCCUUCUGUCAAAACUUCUUGUGUGAGGAUGAUCAGUUUGAGCACCAGGCGAGCUGCCAAGUUCUUCAGGCAGAAACAUUCAAAUGUGUUUCCUGUAACAGACUGGGCCAACAUUCCUGCCUGCGCUGUAAGGCUUGUUACUGCGACGACCACGCCAAGAGCAAGGUCUUCAAACAGGAGAAAGGCAAAGCGCCACCGUGUCCCAAGUGUGGCCACGAGACGCAGGAGACCAAAGACCUCAGCAUGUCCACUCGUACUUUGAAGUUCGGCCGCCAGGCUGGUGGUGACGACGACGACGACUACGACGGAGCGUCAGGGUACGACGCCUACUGGAAGAACUUAGCGUCCGGAGGAGGAGGAGACCGGGACGACUACGGAGAGGAUGAUGACUACGAAGAAGACGACUAUGAUGAGGAUGAUGACGAGGAGGAAGAGGAAGAUGAAGAGGAGGAAGAAGAAGAAGAAGGUGCAGAGGAAGCGGCUUCUGAGUCUAUGGCUGGUCUGAAACUGGAUGGGACUGCUGCCUGAAUAAGACGGACUGAAGGCAGGUGGAACAUACAGUCCUUUACAUCCAAAUAAUCCUCAGUGGACGUUCACUUGUUACAGUUCAGGAAUUAAGAAAAACAUACGCUUAAAAUGAAAAAUGAAACAUAUAUGUGAAAUGAAAACGCCUCAAGAGUUUAUACGGUCUAACUCAGACUGGAUAUCCAUAGUAGCGCUAAUAUGAUAUUGAAGUUUCUGUCUAACUUUACUGUUGACAUCUUACUCUGAGGAAAAUAAUUAUGCUUUUCUAUAAUACCUACACCCACAGUAAUACAAAGAUGAAAAUAAUACAAUCAUAGGAUAAAUGAACGGUUUCAAUUUAAAUCAGUAAUUGAGUAAAAAUAACGAUAAAUUAUGGAUCUGACUGCUUUGGUGCUUUGACACUAAUUGCUCUGGAUACACUGCAGUUGAUACCAAAAUACUAUUGAGGGUUGAAUAUACAGUCUUGUAAUAUUUAUGGCUGAAUUAAGGCAAAUGGAGUCCUGUUAAACCAUUCUGACUGCUUGUCUUGUCGUGGUGAUUUGGUAAAAACAGUUUUGACAUCUGCAUUAUUGUCAGUAUCAGCCGGUAAAAAGGCUUCAAAAUAUCGGUAAAAAUGUUCUUAAACUGGCAGAUAACACCGGUCAGGUUUAAAAUUUGGUUUGGAAAUGUUACAUCAAAAUAAAUAUAAUGUGCUUUA